GUGGGUGAAAAAAUUGAUUGCCCAUACAACCCGCCUUGGCACUCGUCACCCGUUUUCCUACACCUAUAUCCAACAGACCUUAAUCUUCAACCCAUCUCUAAGUCCAUCAUUUUCUCUUCAUGGAGCGUCAGAUUACGCCAGAUCGGCCGAUUAGGCGCGAGGAAUAUACUACAAUCCAAAAAUCGAGGUUUUUCGAAGCCUAUGAUAGCCGUACCGCAGAUCAACCAUUGUCAGACAUCCUCCGCAAGCUCGACCUCCCUCGGCGUACAGCAAAUUACUGGCUUUCUCAACGCCGUCGUAUUGGAAAAGAGGCUUACCGACGAACGCGCCCUAACAGCGACCGAUUAGGGCGACGCCGCGCUAUUACAUCUCCUCAGUUAGAUGCUAUUGUAUCUUCACAGAACCCUAUAAGAGAGCUUCCAUAUGAAGCGAAUAUCACGCAUUUCAAUCUCGAUAUUACAACCGGUCGCGCCCUCCAUAACAAUCUAAAAGAUCGACGGGAUGCAGGCCGUUUCGUUGAACAGCAGGGGAAACCCGUUUCUCCUCGGAAUCGCAGGCUACGGGAGGACUAUGGCCGCUUCGGAAGAGAACAACCUCUUAUCGGCUAUUGAGACUCAAUUGAAUUUACAGACGAGAUGCACUACGAUCCUUCGGAGCAGCCGAAACAGUGAAUUAUACGCCAAAAAGGUACACGUUAUAAUUCGGAGAAUCUUCAAAAGCGGCCGCAGAAAACGGGCGUUGCACUUCAUAUUGCUGCGUCUUGCAAUUGGUACUCAAAG